AUGGAUUUCGAUAGAAAGCAUAUAUUGCUUAAUGAAUUUCGCAAAAUCAAUAUUGAUCUUGAUCAGCCUAUAUCAGAGAAUGUGAUCUUUCAAUUCCUUAAUGAGAAAUCACAUGGCACUUUUGAUAACUCGAUUGCUUUAUAAUUACAUUAAUAAGUAAUACAACAUUACCAAAAAUUAACAAUCAAUAAUUUUAUUAAUGUAUAUUUGUAAGCUGAAACUAUACUUAACAACAAGAUCGAUAAAGCAAGAAUAGAAAUUUAAAAUUUAACAAUGACAAAGUAAUAAUCAUCGUAGGCGCUGUUAAAUAUUAAAAAAUAGGAGUAAUUAAAUAAGUAUGGAAUAAUGGAAGACAGUAUACUUAUGAUUAAUCAUGUGCAUGCAGUUGUUAAUAAAUUAAGUUUAUCAAUGAAAGUGUUUAUUUUAAUGUCUAGUUCGACAACAAGCUUUUAAACACCAUCACAAAAUGAAUUAGACUGGAAUGAUUCUUAUGAAUUGUAAAAUACUAUAUUAGAAUAGUCCUAUCGAAAAUGGAUCCGAAGUCAUUAAUGUCCAUGUUAAGGCUUAUUAAGGAAACACAACAAUAGAUAUUGGAUAAGCUACAUAUGCAGUUCAAUAAUUCAAUAGUUAAGCCUAAACUAAUGUUGAAGCUAAAUUAUAAUGCGUCAAACCAUAUUCCGGAGUUGUAAUUUUAUCAGGUUUAUGGGUCUUUUCAAAAGUAUAUAUUUCUUUUUAAAGCAGACAAAAUAUUUUAGUGAUCUUAUAUCGGAAUUAGACACAUAAAUUUAAUAAUUAAAGAGUGAUCUGACGGAUUUUGAAAAUGAUUUGUAAACUCUUCAAGCAGUUUUCCCGAAUACUUUAAUUUCGAAUUCAGAUGCAAAUCAUAAUAUUUAUUAAUCUAGUCCAGAGAAGUAAAUAGAUAAUAUUGGGAAUAUUGAAUAAAAAACACUAAAUAAAUAUCUCGUUGCUAUAAUGGCUUUGCUGAUUACACUAUCAUCUCUUGAUAGAUGUUGCUAUUUAGAUGUAAUCACAUAUCUUAUUUAGAUUUUAAUAAUACUAGUUUAUUCAAUAAAUUUUAAAAAUCAGACUUUAGAUGCAAAAUUGUUAAAACAAAUUUCAGUGGCAACAUUUGUUUCUUUUACAUUAGAUAUUGUAUGGGUUGUGAUAUACGUUGUGGUAUAUUAAAGAUUAUAUAAAAAGCAAAUUACAGCCUCUUUGGUCUGAAAUAGACACACCUGAUAUGGGAAUAUAAAAAAUAAUUGUAGUAACUGGAGUCCUUUUGUUUAUUACAAAGUUACCAUUUUCAUUUCUAUGUGCUUAUUUAUCAAAGUAAGCUCAGGAAAUCAUUCCUGAAUUUUAGGUCAAAGCUGAUGAAAAUGAUCUAUCAGGUUUACAACCAUUAGAAUAUUAAAAUAUCAGUAGAAAUGAGAGCUUAUCUUCCUAUUAACAAUACAAAUGA